AUGGCUGCUGCAACACCGUCACCGCUGGCCAGUUCUGUAGAGAAGACAAAUGGAGCCAAGCUCAGCAGGCUUCUCAUCGACGGUGGGACAACAGUUCUUAGGAAGAUUUUUGAUGGUCAUCAUCCUUCUGCAAACUUGGCUGCUGAUCUUAAUACCAACAAAUCCAUUCUUAACAACUUACUGAAGAAAAAGGCUUUGCAUAAGCCUCAGUGGGAAAAACUGUUCCCACCGAGUGGAGUCGCACCAGACUCCAACACCUUUGACAUCACUCUUCUGUUUCUCCUUCUGACCAACAUUUGUGGACUAACCCCUCCCCCCUCAGGAUGGCAUACUAAACCACCCCCAAGAGACACGUCUCAUGAGGCUAACCUUGCACGGGUUAAGUUCUAUCGCAAUGUCUUAUAUGGUCAUGUGACAACCACUGGUGUAGAUACACCAACUUUCUCUGCUCUGUGGACUGAAAUUAGUGGUGUUCUUGUGAGUCUUGGUCUCGAUAAGACUGAAGUGGAUAGGUUGAAGGCAGAGAAAGGUGGAGAGCAAGAUUAUAUUGACGUGUUGAUUGAGUGGGCUGACAGUGAAGAGGAUGUGAAGUCACAGUUGAAGAAAAUACAUCAGUAUCAGAGCCAAACGCAUCAGGUAGUUGAAGAUGUACGUCAGGCACAAGUGAAGACACAAACGACAGUGGAAGACCUACGUCAGACCCAGGCCAAGACUCAAAAUCAAGUGGAAGACGUACAUAAAAACCAGACCGAAACUCAUCAAAACAUAGCAGAAGUGCAUCAGACCAUGGAAGAAGUUCUUCAGACUCAAGUCAAAACUCAACGUACAAUAGAAGAAGUUCGAAAUCAAAAUGCAAAGAACGUGGACGAAGUUGCUGCAGGUCUCAAAGAAAUAAUGAAGACAGUCGAAAGCUUAAAAGAAAAAAAGGAUAAGGAUAAAGCAGAUGAAGUACUUAGAAGUCUUGCCAAAUCUGAAUUCAGUGGAGACAUUGAGUAUCACUUGCAAAGGUUUCAAGAAGGCACCCGUGAGUGGGUCUUUGACAGAUUUCAGAACUGGGUGGAUGACAGAGGCUCUCAAAACCGUGUGAUGGUAAUCAGUGGAAAUGCAGGGAUGGGAAAAUCAGUCAUCGCAGCUGUGAUAUGUAAGAGAAUGCAAAAGGUGGGUAGGCUGUCAGGAAGCCACUUUUGUCAGUAUAACAAUGUACGCUACCGUAAACCGCAGUUGAUGAUUCAGUCGUUAGCCUGUCACUUGUCCCAUGCCCUGCCAGAGUUCAAACAAGCUCUUGUGGAACAGUUGUCAAGAAAUCUGGGCACAGAUCUCAACAACAUGGGUGUGGAGGAGUUGUUUGCACUGCUUUUCAAGGAACCGCUUAGUGCUGUAGGUGACCCAGGAAGAAACAUGGUCAUGGUGAUAGAUGGCGUAGAUGAAAGCGAAUUCCAAGGACGGAAUGAGCUUCUUGAUGUGAUUGCCAAUCAGUUUUGUAAGCUUCCUAUUUGGAUUCGGUUUCUCGUCACGACACGUCCAGCCUUAAACAUUAUAGGAAUACUAGAAGUGUUGAAGCCAUUUGAACUGAAGUCUGAUGAUGAAAAGAAUUUGGAAGACAUAAGAGUAUUUUGUCUAAAAAAACUGGAUCACUUGGUUAAACAAGAACGUGCGAGCGAGUUUGUAGAAAGACUAGUUUUGAAAUCGGAAGGACUUAUGUUGUAUGCUCAUUUCCUCAUAAUGUUCAUUACUGAAAAUACCUCAGCUUUCCACAGAGACCCUGAUGGCAGUUUUCCUUUAGGAAUUUCUUCUGUUUAUCUUUCCUAUUUUAAACGUUUGGAGCGUGAACUCUUAAAGGAACUGAACAUUAAAGAAGAACAUUUCCUGCAUACGUUAUCUGCCAUUAUCGCUUCAAGGGAGCCCCUACCAGUCGGGUUUGUUUCUAAAAUAUUACUAUCAAAUUCUAAUUCACCACCUGCAAGGCGUAAAGUACUGAGAUCCUUGAGCAGUGUGUCUGCACUUCUUCCCGUCCGUGACGAUUGUCUUCAUGUCAUUCACAAGUCAGUUAAAGACUGGUUAACAGAUAUUUCGUGUUAUGGGGAGCAUGAAUUCACCAUGGAUGAAAACGAAGGACAUCGCAUACUAGCAGACCUGUGUACUAAAGAACUUGAUAAUCUGAAGCUGAAAUGUGUGGAUAACGUUCAGUUUAGUGCCACUGAGAGAUACGCGCUAUAUCAUGGCGCACAUCACAUGCUACACGAAGGUGUCAAGAGAGAGCCAGAUAAGCUGGACGAACUGACAAAGGCCUACAUUAUAGAUUUAGAAAUCAUUUAUGCUAAGGCCUGUUUGAACAGCACAAUAGCGGCUGAGGAUCUUGUGUGGCUGCAGAAGCAGGGGAUUUAUAUUUUGUUAUCAAAAGAUAACCAAGAUAUCCUAAACACUUUGUUGUUUCUCUUGAGAAAGUAUCUCCGUAGAUUUACGGAUACUCCUCGUAUGUUUUUUGAAACCAUACUUAAUCAAGGUGGAAAAGUGUUGACUGUUGAGGCGUCGAAUCUUUUGCAAAAUAGGUAUCCUUCAAUACCAUAUAUGGAGUUUGUUUACAAGGAGACGCUGCAGGGAGGUGUUGUAGCCCGAUUUGAAUGUUCAUCUUUUGUGAUCUCUUUGGACGUCUCUCCACAGUUGGAUUAUAUGGUGUGCGAAUGUAUGGAUGGAAUGCUGCAGCUGUGGUCACUCCAGACUGGCAAGCUAGUGUGGACACGUCCAGUUGUAGUACAAUCGAAUUUCGUGACGUGCUUCACACAUAAAUAUGUUACAAAUGUGUCUUCGGAAGGUAUUUCAUUUUACCGUUCUGUUGUUUUCCACCCUGCAGGAGAAUGUGUUUUAUCUGGGACUCUAUGUCAGGCCUAUACUAUAGAUGGAGACUUAAAACCGCUUUUUUCCGAAAGUAACUGUCGAUUCUCAGUUUGUUCGAUUUCCGGCGACAAGACCAAGAUUAUAACUAAUUGUUUAGAGAGUUCUAGAUGCCUCGUCCUGUGGAGUUUGGAAAAUGGCUCAGAGAUCGAUCGAAUUGUCGAAGACGAAGGUAUUCUAUCUUUUGCAUGGUCUGGCGAUGGAAGGCUUCUCGCAAUUUCACAUCCUUCGGGAUUAAUCAGUUUGGUUGAUGUGAUGUGUGGUUUCAGAAAACUAACACAAACAGCUACACCGGAAGUAUGUGGCGUGGUAAAGUUUUCACCUGACCAUCGUUUUCUUUUUUGUUGCGAUGUAGAAAACUAUUAUCCCCGCUUAUGUUGUCUCAGGGUUGUUAAGGAGAUCCAGAACACAUUUUCUUUAAAGGUUUCUUAUGAUGUGUCUUAUGAUUUGGAGAAUUUUUUGUCUUCGACUAAUUGUAGGUUUUUAUUUGGCGAACUUAUUACUACCGCGGAACAACAGUUCUUUAAUCACUUGACGAUUGUUCUUGACGAACAACGUCUGUUACGGUGCUUAUGGGAUAAAGUAGAAAUGGUGGAUACCAAAGACGUAAAGAAAAGUGGUCAAGGCGAGCCUACUGAAGCUACCGAGAUAGCACUCAGUUUAGAUGGGCAGACCGUGUAUGUUGCAAGUAACAAAUCAGUCACUGCUUGGCACGCUUUCAGUGGAAAGCUUAAAGCUGAGAUAAACCGGGUUACCUGUUCACUUUUCUGCAGUUCUUUGUGUUCUGUUAGAGGAGGUGUUCUAAUUUCAACCCUUGUUGGAACCCUUGUUGAGUUUUGGGAUUAUGACCUUUCGAAAUGUAUCAAAAUAUGGACCAACUUACCCGGAGUCAAACAGUUGAUCCCUAUAUCAGAAGAACGAGUAGCAGUCGUAAGAGAGUGUGAAGUGAAAGUCCUGGAUACCAACAGUGGAGAAUUUGAGUCAACAAUUCCAGUUUUACAAGGAAGAGUUCUUGCCUGCAGCAGAAGAUGUCAGCUUUUAACUAUCAGUACUACUUACUUACGGAAGCUGUUUCCAAGUCCUUCUGACGCUAUUCACUCUCUUCAGUUGUUUGAUGGCACAAGAGUUGUUUGGAAAAAGGAAGGCAUCAACAGCUGGCUCCAUGGUGACAGUGCGAUUUUUUCACCUAUGGGGCAGUUCCUUGUUGUUACGACGGCUGGAAUCAUGUCAUUCCUGGAUGCCGAAACAGGAAGCACACUCCGUACUCUAUCGUUAUUUUCUGGUUGGAGAAAUUGCAAGUUUAUCAGUGAAGACAAAUGUAUUCUUCACGGUCCUGAUUUUAUUUUUCAACUUUCAAACGUUAAAUCUGGUGAAAUUCUAAGUGCAAUAGAUGUGGAACAAUGUGUGACCUGCUUCACAGUCUGUCCCGUGAAUCGUCUGUUCGCGAUCGGCCUUAAGAACUCAACACCUAAUUUCAAAGUUAUCAGGGUGUAUAUUCCGCAAGGGGAAGACAGUGGAAACGGAAAAAAGGUGAGCUGUUGA